AUGCAUCACGAAAGAAGUAAACAUUCUAAUGCUGAAGUUAUACAUUUGUUUUUUCCAAAUGAAGAUAAUUUCUCAAGAUUUUGCAGGAAACUAAAAAGAUGUAAGUCUACAUUUUUGGGUUGUAUUUAUUAAUUGACUCAUUAAACUAUUAUUGAUAUACUGAUUUCAUUAGCUACUAAAGGUUGUAGAGUAGAAAUACUUAUGGAUUAAAAUUCAGAAGAAUUUGAGGAAAGAAAAUAAAUAACAAUCAACAAACUUUUAGUUAUGAGUGGAUUCAAAAUUAAUGUUUCUUUGAUUGAAUCUAAAGGUUUAAUGCAUAACAAAUAUUGUGUAAUUGAUGGUAAACUAACUAUCUUAGGAAGUGCAAAUUGGACCUAUUAAGCAUUUUCAAAUAAUUUUGAACAUAUUUCAAUUAUUAAAGAUUCUAAAACAGCAAAAUAAUUUACAGAAUCAUUUAAAAAUAUCUGGGAUUAAGCAAAAUAAGCUAAAUUUAUUGAUUCUUAGAUUAUAUAUUAACCUAAUAAAAAUUGUAUAGAGAUUAAAUAAUAUAAAUAAAAUACACUUAAAUUGAAGAUAAAAAGAAGAAAAUUUAAAAAGAAAUUUCGAAAAUAAAAAUAAAACCAUAAGUUCAAAUAAAAUAAUAAAUAAUAAGAGAAUCUGAAAAUUAUACCUGAAUUUUAAUUCAAAGAGAUAGAUUAAAAUUAAAUUCCUCUAGACUUGUAAUCGAUUGAAAAAUAACAAAAAAUGUAAGUUAUUAAUACAAAUAAAACAAGAGAAGAAUAAAAAUAAAACUAUAUAGAUUAAGUAAUAAAAAGUGACAAAAAUAAUCAUACAAUUUAAGAUACUUAUUAUAAUAAUAAUGUACAUUAAGUUUCUACGACAUGGCAAAUUUAAAGUUAAUAAUUAUUUUAUCCAAACAUAAUUAAAGGCUCACCUAAACAGAAAUAAGUUUAAAAAAAAGAACAGAAUAUUAUCAUUAUCGAUGAUGAAGAUGUACAAAUAAUUACAGAUUUCUCCAAAGAUAUCCUUUGA